UACUGCGUGCCAUCCUUUGUGUGUCUGUCACCGAGAAUGCCUCUCCCACAUUUAAUAUGUGGCAUGGAUUCCGGCGCAUGAGCAGUGCCGCCUCCCCUCGCAUUUUGAGCAGGGUCCUGAGACAGGAGCGGCCGGAACUUCAGCCUUCACUGGCCUCAGCUCACUGCCUGGAGCGGCUUCUUCUGCGUUCGGAUUCGGCGAUGUUUCUGAAUUCAGAACUUUGUGCUACAAUGUGUGACUUGUAACCUGGGACACGGGUUUACUACAGCAGAAGUCAGCUGUAUCCUGUGAUGUGGUUGUGUGUCACAUAACUGUGGCAUUCUCAUUUGGUGUCACACUGUAUCCAGAGUGUGAAGUCACGGUGUGUCCCCGGAGAUGUCUCCGCCCAGGCCGCCAGGUUCCGCGGAUCUGGAGCUGCGUUUGGUAUAGCUUUUUGUCGGCAAUGGACCUUCUGCCUCACUCAGCUAUUCCACAUCCAUCCAGAUAGAACAAAUCCAGGAGUCCUCCACACCAUACUGUGCCUGUGAUUAAGGCUACCUGGCAAAGAUGACAGCCACCGCUGCCCAAAAGUGCCUGAAGAAUGAUAAGGUAGAUGAGGCCCAGGCACUUGCCCGGAGCUGUGCCGGAAGACCAGAUUUCAAGCCCUGCGAUGGUCUGUCCAUCUGUGCAACCCAUAGUCAUGGCAAGUGCUUCAGACUCCACUGGUGCUGCCACUUGGGAUGGUGCCACUGCAAGUAUGUAUAUCAGCCCAUGACUCCGGUAGAACAGCUUCCAAGCACAGAAAUUCCAGCAGAGCCCCAAGAGGAGACAAACACCAUCCAGAUAUCUGUCUCACUGGCAGAGCACUUUCUCAAUGUAUCUUCCUCUUUCCAGCCUCCUUACCUUCCGGAGUCUCCUCGAUACUGCACCAUCUCUGAUCUUUUCCUCGAUAAUUAUCAGGUGAAAUGUAUCAAUGGGAAGAUGUGCUAUGUGCAACGCCAGCAACCACCGCCUCCACCUCACAGGGCCAGGCGUGAGAGAGAAACCCCUCAGGAUGUCUACCCAGCCAAAGACGUGACAGGGCCAAAAAUAGACCAUUGCUCAUCACCAUCCAACUCGGAGGACUCUGGUAUAAAUGCAGUGGGAGCACCAUAUUUGGAAUCAUGUGACGAGGAUACGGAGGAGGGGGCAGAACUCAGUUCAGAAGAUGAUUGCAGCCCGGAUCGUUGCUGGGGCCAAGAUAAUUGCCCUAUAGUAUCUCCAUCCAAGACUGAUCUGGAGAUCAUAGAAACAAUAGAAACCACGGUAUAAACUAGUGGUAGAAACGUGUAAGCACAAGUCGGGGAUGGCUUCUGUUUUUUGUCAAGGAGUGAAACAAUACAAUCAACACAGUUUUUGCCCACCUAUCUGUUGCUCUCCAAGAG